AUGAAGAAGGUUGCAUAUGAUUAUCUCAGAUUAACAAAUGGAUACAUUAGAUUUCUACACAUGUACACACUGAAAUUUCCAACAAAAGAUGAACCAGUUCACUCAGGUGAAAGACGGGGCAGGACGGAUAGUGAUGUUGAAGGAGGAGACUUUGAGAAGUCAGACUGGGUUGUUGUCAAGGAACAGGUGACACAGUGCUGUAGUCAGACAUUCACCUGGCAGAAUGUGCAGGGCACUUUUCCAAUUGUCAGGUGGUUGCCUAAGUACAGAUGUGGCACUCUACAAGCUGACUUGAUUGCUGGCCUGACAGUUGGACUAACAGUUAUCCCCCAAGGCCUGGCAUAUGCCCAGGUUGCUAAUCUGCCUCCACAGUAUGGUUUGUACUCUGCCUUCAUGGGCUGCUUCGUCUACUGUUUCCUGGGCACAUCCAAGGACAUCACGCUGGGACCUACUGCCAUCAUGUCUCUCCUGACAGCAACCUUUGGAACUGGCCUGUUCCCGGAACUGGCCUCUAAGGACAAAGACAUAACUAUGGCCAUUCUGCUGACGUUCAUGUCAGGGAUUAUCCAGCUCAGUAUGGGCAUCUUGAAGCUGGGUAUCCUGGUCAACUUCAUCUCAUACCCUGUCAUCAACGCCUUUACUUCAGCAGCUGCAAUAACAGUAGCUGCGGGACAGGUCAAAAAUGUUCUUGGUCUGAAGAAGGUUUCCAGUGACUUUAUUCCCAUGGUCUACGACACACUGACUAAAAUACCAGAAACCAGGGUCUGGGACCUGACAAUGGGACUGGUCUCACUGGUGAUUGUCCUCGUGAUGAAACAUCUGAGAACUAAGCGGUGGAAUGAUGAUCCUGACGUCACACCAUCUGUUACUGUUAUUAUUUGCAGAAAAAUCAUCUGGCUUGUUGGGACAGGAGGUAAUGCCAUAGUAGUGAUAGCUGCAGCAGGAGUGGCAGCUGCUCUGGAAACACAAGGAAUUACAGAUGCUAUAAGUCUGACUGGUGACAUCAAGCCGGGUCUGCCACCGUUUGAACCUCCCAAGUUCAAGAUUGAAGAUGGCAAUAAUACAGUAUAUGGGUCAGAGAUUUUGUCUAAAAUUGGAUCUGGGUUGGCAAUUGUUCCUCUGUUAUCACUUGUGGAAACCAUGGCCAUUGGGAAAGCUUUCGCACGAAUAAACAACUAUAAAAUAGACCCAACACAGGAACUGAUAGCCAUAGGUGUAGCCAACAUUCUCAGCUCCUUUGUGUCAUCAUAUCCCGUCACUGGGAGCUUCACCAGAACUGCAGUCAACUCUCAGACAGGUGUGCGGACACCCCUGGGUGGUAUAUUUACUGGUGGGCUGGUGCUUCUGUCACUGGGAGUUCUCACCCCUUGGUUCUCCUACAUCCCCAAGUCAGCACUGGCUGCUGUCAUCAUUGCUGCUGUCUUACAGAUGGUUGACUGUCGUAUUGUGCUCAAACUGUGGAAGGCCAACAAAUGGGAUCUUCUGUCUUUCAUCAUUACAUUUGUAUGCUCUCUAGUUGUUGGAAUCGAGUAUGGCAUUCUCAUUGGCAUAGGUUUGUCUGUAGUGUUGUUGCUGUACCCUAUAGCUCGUCCCAGAAUCAAG